AUGGAUUGGGUUCUCAUUGCCCAACCUCGCAUCUCCUCUGGCAUCGGGACUGUCAUCGUCAAUUCGGAAUGGAUGGGCACUUUCACGCAUGACAGUGACAUGUGCAACAAGCUCCACAUGGCUGGUGUGCCCGUCUGGUAUGUCCGCACGAUGGCAUAUAUACCUGCCAAUAUGAAGGUCCACAAACCCGUGUUGAUCACUCAUUCGGAUGACAUCGUCAUCUCAAUGUAUGCGGAGGGCAACAGAAUCCGCCCUUAUGAUAUCAUUUAUCGUGGCCAAGGUGGCCACCAGCGCCAACUUCAUGUUCGUCACCUGUACGGCGGCACAACUUUCAGAAAUCCCGACGUCACGGUUCCCUCGUCUGCUUCAUCCAGCAGUUUCUCUACCCCCAAUUCUUCUGCUCUCACGCCAUCCUCUCAAACAUCCGCUGCUGGAAGAGCACCUCAACAAAGUCUCAAAAAGCAUAGGCGACAACCUUACGCAAGAGAGGCUCGGCCCACCCAGCCCUCCCAGUCAGGGGAAUCCAGGGACAAGUGGAAAGACCCUGAGAGCCCAUAUCUUCCGCCCUCUCUUUUGCAUUGGGAUGAUGCCCUCAAGACUUGCAACAAGGAUCCAUCCCGCGUGCACAUGCCUUAUGCCAUCGAUUGGGGAUACAGAUUCCCUGAACCCGCUCUCCUCCUCGGUCCCAAGCUGCCGGAGCGCCUCCAGGGUUAUAUCGCUACCUGGCUCGCCUGCCAUCUGCUAUGGAUUGGCCGAGUCGAUCACGACCUGCCAUGCAAUUACCCUUCGCCACAGCUCUGGCGUGACUUCCUCGGCAGUGGACUGACAACCCAAUCACAAGGCGCAGCACCCAAAGGCAAGGAUCCCGAAAAGAAGGGACCUACGGCGGCGGAGAAGUGCAAGGCGGUGAUGAGGGACUUAUUUGGAUCGGUGGAAUUUCGUGGCGAACAAGUGUUGGUUGCCAGUCUCGCCAACCCUCCACGGCGUCUCACCCAAAGGAUCACAUGGGAGUUAUUCGAGCUUGGUUUCCGUUAUGAGCUGAGGGACCUCAAUCGCUCCCUGGCCGGCAAACAUUGGGCAGAUGAUCUGAUCGGUCGCGAGCAGCUCCUUCAUUCUAUCUUCCCUGGCAAGGCUGGAUUAGUCAUGUGGUCAGAGCAAUUUCCGGAGGACAACUACGGCAUGUGGAAUAACACCUUAAUUGGUGUUCUACCUUACCUGGAGAAAUUCCGAGAACUUAUCUGUGCUUGGGACGGCGCUCCGCCGCUUCUGGUUGCGCUACUGACGCCAGAUAGCUUCACAGAUACCAAGUGUUGGGAAGUCAUGCAUACUGCGACCGUGUUUUAUGUGCAGACAUUCUUUCGUCAUUUUGGCAGGCCCCCCAUCGUUCCCCAUUCCAUCCCUUUGUGA